AAUUUAAAUUCAAUUAAUAAAUGUAUAAAUUAACAUGUGUUUUUACUUUAAGUUUUUAACACUCAGCUUCACUACAGUUAGAAAUUUACAGGAAAUCAAUAUCAGGUAAGUAGGGGGUCUACCCAACACGGAAAAACAUGGCAAUGGGUCUACGACACAAAAAAGUUUGGAGAACUCUGCCCUAGACUGUCCUAGACGUCGAGAGUGUAGGAUUUACCGCCUUCCGGCCCAAUCUGGCAACGCAGCAACUUUUCUGCGAUAAGUUUGUUUGGUGUACUCGCGGCGCUCCCGCCGCUACUGUCAUUUCCCAAGAUUCCUGCGAUCCCCGGUAUUUCCAAGGUGACCUUUAUCAACACAAAUAGCGGGUAGACGGCAUCAGACGACUCGUCCGUAUUUUCAGUUCCUCAGAAAAUUUCAGAAUGUCCAGACCGCAAUCAGACACCGAGAAAAGGAAACAGAUCAGUGUUCGCGGUAUCGCAGAAAUCUCAGAUGUGAACGAAAUCAAGAAAACCUUCAACCGGCAUCUGCACUACACCUUGGUCAAAGACAGGAAUGUAGCCACAGCGAGGGAUUACUAUUUCGCCUUGGCGCACACCGUCAAGGACCAUUUGGUCUCGAGAUGGAUCAGAACGCAGCAAUAUUAUUACGAGAAAGAUCCCAAGAGGGUCUAUUACCUGUCCCUCGAGUUCUACAUGGGCAGGUCCCUACAGAAUACGAUGAUCAACCUUGGUAUCCAAAGCUCUGUAGAUGAAGCUCUCUAUCAGUUAGGUCUAGAUAUUGAAGAACUAGAAGAGCUAGAAGAGGAUGCUGGUCUAGGAAACGGUGGACUGGGAAGGCUUGCCGCCUGUUUCUUAGAUUCGAUGGCUACUUUAGGAAUGGCGGCCUACGGUUACGGGAUCCGUUACGAAUACGGCAUCUUCGCGCAGAAAAUCAUAAACGGCGAGCAACAAGAAGAACCCGACGACUGGCUCCGAUUCGGCAAUCCCUGGGAGAAGGCGAGACCUGAAUACAUGUUACCGGUCAAUUUCUACGGCCGCGUCAUCGACACGGCAGAAGGAAAGAAAUGGGUGGAUACGCAAGUGGUUUUCGCCUUACCGUACGACAACCCGAUUCCCGGUUACAACAAUAAUGUCGUCAAUACGCUCAGGUUGUGGUCCGCCAAGUCGCCGAUGGAUUUCAACUUGAAGUUCUUCAACGACGGUGAUUACAUCCAAGCGGUCCUCGACAGAAACCUCGCCGAGAACAUCUCCAGGGUUCUCUAUCCCAACGACAAUGUCUUCGAGGGCAAAGAGUUGCGAUUGAAACAAGAGUACUUCCUGUGCGCUGCUACUCUCCAAGAUAUCAUCAGGCGAUACAAGGCGGCAAACUUUGGAACCAGGGAACCGACCAGGACCAACUUUGACUUGAUGCCUAAUAAGGUGGCCAUACAGCUGAACGAUACUCAUCCGUCAUUGGCUAUUCCUGAGCUGAUGAGGGUGCUGGUUGACAUUGAAGGCCUGUCCUGGGAAAACGCCUGGGACGUAACCGUCAGAUGCUGCGCGUACACGAAUCACACCGUCCUCCCCGAAGCCCUGGAACGUUGGCCCGUCUCCAUGUUCGAACGGCUACUGCCGCGCCAUCUAGAGAUCAUCUACCACAUCAACUUCCUGCAUCUACAGGACGUGCAAAAGAGGUGGCCCGGCGACAUGGAUCGAAUGAGGAGGAUGUCUUGCGUUGAGGAGGAUGGAGAAAAGAGGAUCAAUAUGGCGCAUUUGUCCAUCGUCGGCUCGCACGCCGUUAACGGGGUGGCUGCCAUUCAUUCGGAGAUCAUCAAGAAAGAUGUGUUCAAAGACUUCUACGAGAUGAACCCUGAAAAAUUCCAAAACAAAACAAACGGCAUCACUCCUAGAAGAUGGUUGGUGCUGUGUAACCCCAGCCUUAGCGACCUGAUCACCGAGAAAAUUGGAGACGAGUGGACCGUCCAUCUGGAUCAGUUGACCAAACUGAAACAAUGGGCCAAGGAUCCCAAUUUCCAAAGAGCCGUCCAAAAAGUCAAACAGGAAAACAAACUUCGUCUCGCGCAACUGCUAGAAAAAGACUACGGCGUUAAGAUCAACCCCUCCUCGAUGUUCGACAUCCACGUGAAGCGCAUCCACGAGUACAAACGCCAACUGUUGAACUGCCUGCACAUCAUCACCCUGUACAACAGGAUCAAGAAAAACCCCUCCGCGAAAUUCACCGCCAGGACGAUCAUGAUCGGUGGCAAAGCGGCACCUGGUUACUACGUGGCUAAGAAGAUCAUCAAGUUGAUCAACAUGGUCGCGAACGUGGUCAAUAAUGAUCCUAUUGUCGGGGAAAAGUUGAAGGUUAUCUACUUGGAGAAUUACAGGGUGACUUUGGCGGAGAAGAUCAUACCGGCUGCUGAUUUGAGCGAGCAGAUUUCUACUGCCGGCACCGAAGCCUCGGGCACGGGCAACAUGAAAUUCAUGCUGAACGGCGCUCUGACUAUCGGCACUCUAGAUGGCGCCAAUGUCGAGAUGGCCGAAGAGAUGGGCGACGAGAACAUUUUCAUAUUCGGCAUGACCGUAGACGAAGUGGAAGACUUGAAAAGGAAAGGCUACAACGCGAUGGACUACUACAACGCGAAUCCCGAGUUGAAGCAGGUCGUGGAUCAGAUUCAGAACGGGUUCUUCAGUCCGGGGAAUCCGGAUGAGUUCAGGGAUUUGGCUGAUAUACUGUUGAAGUAUGACAGGUUUUAUUUGUUCGCGGAUUACGAGGCGUAUAUCAAGAAACAGGAGGAGGUUAACAGCGUGUAUGAGAACCAAGCAAAAUGGGUGGAGAUGGCCAUCCACAACAUAGCGUCUUCCGGAAAAUUCUCCAGUGACCGUACUAUAAUCGAUUACGGCAAAGACAUCUGGGGUAUCGAACCGAAUUACCAGAAGCUUCCAGAUCCAUCCGUACCCAGGGAGCUGGCUUUGAAAGAAUAGAUUAAUCUCUACAGUUUAUUAUUUUUAAAAAGCUUUAAGUUGUUAUAUUACUCGUAAGGCACGACAAGAAAAAAUAGUAUUUUUAAGAUGCCAUGCUGCCAAUUCAACAAAACGUUUUUAUUUUUAGCAGACGUGAAUUGACUGAAUGUAAUUUGUGAUCAGAAUGAAAAACCUAGUUUAUAUCGUAAUCUCCAAUUUUUAAUUGUUCGGAAAUACUCAGAAAUUAUUUCAAAGCGUAAAAUAAUCUUUAUAGUGACAUAAAUAUAUUUACUGUUAACUUUUCAAG